UUUUAUUGUUCCUUCCGUCGCCGGCUCCGACCGCCAGGGCUGAUGUUGGAUCGGUAAUUACUUUUGAAGCCUCUAAGCGAAUCGAGUCCAAAUCCAAACCGAAUCGAAAUCCAGCCAGUUCGUCGUGGGUUCCGAUGCCGUCCUUCCUCGGUCCUCCCUCCCUCUGCUUCCUCCGCUGUUGAUGUCGCCGGAUCCCGCUGCUGCGCCGCGCCGAGGGAAAGCCUGUCCUCCUCGCUGUGCUGUAGCCGUCUUAGGUCGCGGAGCUCCGCCCCAUCCCUUCCCUUGGGUUGUUUGAUCCGCCUAUUUGAGUUUCGUUUAUAGCUACGUAGCGGCCUCUUCCCUUCGGGAGAUGGUGGAUUCGGUGGAUGUGGUGUUGGAAUUUCUGAGGAAGAAUCGUUUUACGAAUGCAGAGGCUGCUUUGAAGGGGGAGCUGAAUGCACGGCCUGACUUGAAUGGGUUCCUUCAAAAACAUCUUUCCGUUGAAAAAGAGGAAUCAGGAAGAAUUGCUGGAGAAGUUGUUAGUGCGAGGCAGCUUAGCACAAACACACACAGCGUGGAGAGCUCUAAAGAGUGCAUUGUUAAAGAUAUUGAAGUAGGAGGAUCUGAUAAUGGAUUCAAGAACAAGAAAGGUUUUACUUUCUGUCAGGAUAGGGGCUGUGGCUCUGUAGAUCUUUAUCCUUUGAAAUUUAAUUCCCAUAAUAGCAAUUCUGAUUCAGUUUCUAAAGAUACUGGUGUAAUUAUCAACAAUUUUGCUGACCUCUUGAUAUCAGAAGGACCAAAGCAUCACCAUAGUACUUUUGUGCCCGAGAAGAUAGAUCGUGCUGUUGGUACUGAUACCGAUGUAUCAGUAGAGCAGCGAAGUUCUUGUGCCAAGGACAUAGAUAGAUGUGAACUUGAAGUGAAGCCUGAGAUCAGCCAGCCUGGUAGCUGUAAGGACAAAAGUGCUUAUUCUCGAGACCAUUUUGUCAAUGACCUUUGGGUGAAAAAUGAAGACUCAUUGAAGGGAUGUUCUGUGAAGACAGUUUUUCCAUUUUCUGUGGACAUGGCCUCGUCCAGUUGUGGUGGUCUUUCCAGUGAAAAAAAGGAGUUAAAUCAUAAAGAUAAUGGCAAUAAUGUUAUAGAAUCAAGAAAAGAGCAUCUAGGCGAGAUCAAUAAUAGAUCAUACCUCUCAGGUAAGUCUCAAGAAAAUGCUGAAACCAAAGGCUGCAAGAAUUUUGAUUUACUGGUUAAUUGUGAGAAUCACCGGGAUGAACUACCUAGGUUGCCUCCUGUAAGACUUAAGUCUGAAGACAAGUUACUUAAUACCCAAUUGGAGGAAAAGGCUGAUCAACAUAGAUCUGGAAUGAAGUUAUCCAAUGCUGACAGUACUUUUAUGAUAGGAUCCUUCCUUGAUGUACCUGUUGGGCAGGAGGUCAACUCUUCAGGUGGCAGGCGAACAAUUGGAAGUAGUUGGCUUUCUGUAAGUCAAGGAAUUGCAGAGGACACUUCUGAUUUGGUAUCCGGUUUUGCAACUAUUGGUGAUGAAUCUAAUGGCUAUCCAAAUGAGUAUUGGGAUUCUGAUGAGUAUGAAGAUGAUGAUGAUGUUGGCUACAUGAGACAGCCAAUUGAAGAUGAAUCCUGGUUUCUUGCGCAUGAAAUUGACUAUCCAAGUGACAAUGAGAAAGGAACACAACAUGGGAGUGUGCCUGAUCAUCAGGACCAGGCGCCAAGAAACAAUGAAGAUGAUGAUCAGUCUUUUGCCGAGGAAGAUUCCUAUUUGUCAGGCGAUCAGUAUUUCUUAAGUAAGAAUGUCGAACAAGUUGCUAUGACAGAGGAAUCAUUGGGUCAUAAGAUGGCAGGGGUAUUUGGGAGAACAAAUGAGAAUGAUCUAAUAGCUCAAUAUGAUGGGCAGUUAAUGGAUGCUGAAGAACUAAGUUUGAUGCAUUCAGAACCUGUUUGGCAAGGUUUUGUCACACAAAAUAAUGAACUAAUUAUGUUAGGGGAUGGCCAAAACCCAAUUGAAGUUGGGCAAAGCCACAAUGGUAAUUCUGUUAUACAAGAUGAUCAGCAUAGUUCAAUCAGGUCCAUCGGUGUAGGUAUUAAUAGUGAUGCUGCUGAUAUAGGCAGUGAAAUUCGGGAUAGCUUGAUUGGAGGAAGCAGUGACGGGGACAUAGAAUUCUUUCCCGAUCAUGAUCUUACAGGGUUUGGCAAAAGGCGUCCUCAAUGUGGUAUAACCAAUAGAGAUUUGAACAAGUCAAAGAAGGAACAGAUAAGUGACAAUAAACGAGAUGGUUACAUUUUGGCACAUGAAAAGGAUAUAAGCCUGUCUGGAGUGAGUGCUGAUGGUACCUUCUCUUUCCAGCAUCAGAAAACUUCAAGCAUGUUGGAGGUUGAUUCUGAGAAAAGUCUAGGUUCAGGGAAACCUAGUGAUGCAAUUGUUAAUACUUUUGACGAAUGUGCAAAUGGUAUAAUUUCAGAGGAUCUGCUUGCUACUUGGAGGAAAAAAAGCAGUGAUUCUUCUCCUCUUAGGGGCUCCAGAGAUGAGAAAACUUCUGAUGCUGUGAGGUCAAGGAACUCAAGUGCAUCAUCGGAGCCAGACUAUGCUUAUGAUGAAACAGACAGUAUCAGGAAAAGGCACUGUGAAGUAAAUGAGAUAAGGGAAGAAGAUCCUGGAGCCAUACUAGAUGAUGAAGUAGCUGCACUGCAGGAGCAACUAAGACAGAUAAAGGCUCAGGAGGAGGAAUUUGAGACUUUCUAUCUUAAGAUCGUUCAUAGGAAAAACAGAACUGGCUUUGAAGAGGACAAAAAUUUUCACGUGGUUUUGAAUUCUGUUAUUGCUGGACGUUAUCAUGUAACUGAAUACUUGGGCUCUGCUGCAUUUAGCAAAGCUAUUCAGGCACAUGACUUACAUACUGGUAUGGAUGUCUGUGUUAAAAUUAUCAAGAAUAACAAAGAUUUCUUUGAUCAAAGCCUUGAUGAAAUCAAGCUUCUGAAAUUUGUUAACAAGCAUGAUCCUGCCGACAAGUAUCAUAUUCUACGUCUCUAUGAUUAUUUCUAUUAUCGGGAACACUUGUUGAUAGUUUGUGAACUUCUCAAAGCCAACUUAUAUGAAUUUCACAAGUUCAAUAGAGAAUCUGGAGGCGAGGUUUAUUUUACAAUGCCUAGGCUGCAGUCCAUUACUAUUCAAUGCCUGGAGGCACUUCAGUUUUUGCAUGGCCUUGGGCUUAUUCAUUGUGAUUUGAAGCCUGAAAAUAUAUUGGUAAAGAGCUACAGCAGAUGUGAAGUUAAGGUCAUUGAUCUUGGAAGUAGCUGUUUUGAAACAGAUCAUUUAUGUUCAUACGUACAAUCACGAUCUUAUCGUGCACCUGAGGUUAUUCUAGGUCUCCCAUAUGAUAAAAAGAUAGACAUAUGGUCGCUUGGAUGCAUCUUGGCGGAACUUUGCACGGGAAAUGUUCUCUUCCAAAAUGACUCUCCUGCAACGUUGCUAGCACGCGUUAUUGGAAUCAUCCAUCCUAUUGAUCAAGGGAUGCUUGCGAAGGGACAUGAUACAUACAAAUAUUUUACAAAAAACCACAUGUUAUAUGAGAGGAACCAGGAAACGAACAAGCUAGAAUAUUUGAUCCCAAAGAAAACAUCGCUACGUCACCGUCUACCAAUGGGCGAUCAAGGCUUCAUUGAUUUUAUUGCGUACCUCCUUGAAGUGAACCCAAAGAAGCGCCCGAAUGCUUUAGAUGCACUUAACCAUCCAUGGCUUUCUUAUCCUUACGAACCAAUAUCAUCUUGAGCCAUCCAUGGUGUUUGCUGCAUUUAUCAAUCAGUCUUGGGGAAAGUUCUCGUCGUUAUCAUCCGGCACACAUAAAUGAUAUCAUAGCAGACCGGUCACAUGCAAAACAUGAAGUUCACCUCAAGUCACACAGACAAGGUUAGCCUAGGUGACUUCAAGAGAUCAAAAUCACAUUCCAUAUUUUUUCUUGGUGCCUAAUUUUGUGUGAGAUUAGGAUCUGACUGCUCUUCAUGGUGGAGUCUUGUUGUAAUCUUACUAGCUUCUUUUAUUAUUAUUGUGUUGGAAGUCAAAGAGUGUGUACUUGAGAUGCACUCUGUGAUGCCAUUUUCGUCCAGCUCCUGUUGUAUAUUAUGUGAUUAUCAUCCAGGCCUAUCAAAUUUUGGCCGUUUAAAAGUUUUAGCUACAUUCUGCAAACAUUUUGUUCAAUGAUUUGCUGUAGAAUCUGGGCACUUUUUCGACUU